CCGCAUAUAAUGAUUAAUAACGGGCUUUAAAAACAUCUAAAUUUAGAAUCAGUCUUAUAAUUGAGUAAGUACUAACCAACUAAGUUACUGCAAACGAAAUAAUAAUAUGAUAGAGAAUAUGUUACUUCCGAUAUAAUAUUUUGAUUUCAUAAUUAGGAUUUUUAAUCUUUAUCUUUUAUACAAAUGAAUUGUGGGAUUGUAAGAAAUCUUCUUCCGGCCCAGAAUGGACGGAAUCAAGACUCAUUCACCGGCCAAAAUUGUCUUAUCAUAGGGAAUAUAUGGCAAAAUGGUUCUCCAUUUUCUCCCCUUCUAUUAUAAAGAGACUUGAAGAAUUUUAUGCCAAAACCCAAUUGAGUCUCUAUCUAUUGUAACUGAAUAUGGAGCCGGAGACAAAGCAGACCUACCCAUGUAUUAAUGGCUUAGUGAAGCCUUCUUCAGAAAAUCAAAUAAUGGAAAAGAAAAGACGAAACUAUCGGCUCCUUAAGGACCCAUUACUUGAUGAUAAAGUUCAGCAAAAGCUUUACAGAUUUGAUGGUCUGUUGCCUGGGGAACAGACAAUUGAUGUGAAAGAUCCUCGACGGCGUUCAAAUUCAAGGUCAAAUCCUCGCUACAUGCUAUGGACCAGUCGCCAAACUAUGGAUUUGGAAGUUCCAAAAUUUAAGUAUGAUCAGCACUAUAUUGGAAUACCACCUCCUAAUGAAGUGACAUUUACAAAUCUGAAUGACAACAUCGAUUUUAAAUUUCUAGAAAACAUGUGUCAGCAUUUUGGAAGUAUAGAAGAAAUUAAGAUAUAUCACCAUCCAAAGACCAAAAAACACAUGGGAAUUGGAAAAGUACUUUUUUCAUCUUCCAAGUGUGCUAAAGCCUGUGUUGAUAAACUAAAUCAAACAUCGAAGAUGGGCAACAUAAUAACUGUGAUUAUAGAUAUAAUGGGCAAAGAAAGAAAUCGCAUUAUUGAGGAAAUACUUGCUGACAAACCCAAAAGUACAAGACGUCCACAACCUUCAGAAAGAGUAGAUCCACGAUCACACAGCCGUUUAUAUGCAGCUGCUACAACUUCAAGUAAUCGAUCUAGCACUUGUCGCAACUUCACACUGAGCAAAUCCAAAUAUAGUGACUAUGGGAUGGAAGCAUAUGACCCAGGUGAUUUGGAGUUUGAUUUUGGUAGCACUUCUAGUCAUCAUGUGUCCUCUAAAUCUAUUGAAACUGGCUCUUUCACAGACAGUGAUUAUAGCAGUCUUCAGCGGUCUGUUCCACAAUCUGAACUCAGCUUCUCAGAUCAUUCUGAGGUUAGCUUUACAUCCAGCAGCUAUUCAAAUUACAGCCAGUAUUCAACGUCACAUGUCCAAUCUAACCGUGGACUGGACAUUCAUUACAAUGUAUCGCAGCAUGCACAACCAUAUCAAUACAGUGCAACACAAUUUACACAACCCAAUUCAAAUCGACAAGUAAUUUCACCCUAUUGUCAGCAGCAGCAGCAGCAGCAGCAGCAACAGCAACCACCACAGCCACCGCAGCCACCGCAGCCACCACAGCCACCACAACCACCACAACCACCACAGCCACAACAGACACAUUAUGAAAGUGGGCAUCCUUGUUUGUCAACCGAAGUAACACAAUCACAAACAGAAAGUUCCUCACGAUCUCAUUCAUAUACAGAGAGAAAAGACGAGUAUAAAGACAAGUUAACAUCAUCUUUCUCGCAACAACGCUGGGAGUCUGAGCGCGAAAGUGUUAAAGAUUGGACAGAUUCAAACAGAGACGUUCGAGAAAAGCAACGAGAGAAAGACCAUCGGAAUCGUCCAAAAACACCAGAAGCUGAGGAACCACGUAAUCAAAGUUUAGAUUCACGUUUACUAAGUAUCUUCGGACUUGGGGGUUUAGGCAGCCCAACAGAUUCAAGUCGAUCUAAAGACCAUUCCAGUCCUCCAUCUACACCACUAUCAAGAGAUGAAGCAAGUACACCCCCAAGUAUUGAUUCACGAUACUCUUCUAAUCCGCAACAUUCUGUCCCCUCACGUAAUAAUACUGUAAAUAACAACAGCCAUACAAAACAAGUUCCUAAAUUACCAUCUGAAGAGGAGAGCAAGCAUUCUGUAACUUCCAAAACUGAUACAUCUGAAUGGACUGAAUUCUCUAAAGAGAUGUCUAACAAGAACAAACGAUUUGAAACUAAAAAUAAUUGCUUUACCUCUUUGUCUUUGACUAAUUAUGAACAACAAAAAAUUGAUAAAGUGGCCCCUGCAGACAGUACUAGUUCUUGUAAUAUUCCUUCAAAUAACGUCACAGCGCGAUAUAAAUCCGAAGUUGGGGAUAAGUUAUUUGAACCUGAAAUUGCUGUGUCAACUGAUUUUAGUAAUAUUAACCAAUCAAAAACAUUUUCUAGUGCUGAAUCACCCUUUCAUACGAAAGUUUUGGUUGAAGACAGCUGUGUUCCAAAUGUUAAAAGUAAUAUUGAAGACACACAUAUGGACAUUGAAAAUAAUAAUGCAAAAGAAGAAAAAGAAGAGGUGGAAGAAGAGGAUGACGAAGGGGAUGAGAAUGAUGAUGAUGAUGAUCGCAUGAGUUUAUCAUCAAUUAGUAGUGGAGAUGAAAAAUUAGAAGUAAAUGUUCAAAUACCAAAUAACGAUGGUAAAUUUACUGCCAACAACUUUCAAUCAAUACCAAGCACACAGACAUCAGGUGCCGCUCCACCUGUUCCACUCAUAACUGAUUUUUCACGUCCACCUCCAAGUAUAGCACCAUGGAGUUUUGCUAAUUCUUAUUCAUUUGGUAAUUACCUAAAUACUCCAAGCCGCUCUGAAUCCACUGGCAGUAAUUACAAUCAAAGCUAUACUGCCCACAUCCAAAAUAGUGUUGUGCCUGUAAACUUCCUAAACCAGAGUCUUUGUGAUUCUACAACAUUACAGAAUGGUACAAGCAACAAAGGAAAUGGAACUACCAAUGAAGAAACACAAUCAGACGAAGAAAAAGAUCCUAAUGAUAAAACUUUCCUUUUUGUCUUGGACAGUUUCGUACGACAGCUAAAAGAAGUUAUGCAGAAAGAUCUUUGCAAAAAAAUGGUUGAAAAUUCUGCUUUCAAAUCCUUUGAAAAAUGGUGGGAUGCAGAAGAACAAAAGAGCAAGUUUCAGAAAGAAAAUAACCAAAAUGAGAAGGUACCUUUAAUUAAAGAUUCUCCUGUUAAAAACACAAAACCAAAUAAUUUACCACAGACGGCUAAUCAAAUUUCAUCAAAGAAUGAAGUUAAUUCAGCAUUAGCAUCUUUAUUUGAAACACAACAUCCCUGGCGACAAGAUGGAGGAUUUGAAGGACAUUAUAAUGGUACGCACGGUGGUGGAUUUCUUGGAAUCCGAGGUGUGAUGCCUAGAAUGCCCUCUUUUAAGAAAAAAGUGUUCCGCCCACCAUCUCCACCACCUCCUGAUGAUGAAGACAGUAAAGCAGCUGAAUCAUUUGCAUCAAAUGCUGAAGAUGAUUCUGAUGACGAUAAUAAUAUUGUUUGUCAAUCUCUAUUGAAAAAGAAGCAUUUUGGCAGUGGUGAAGAAUCUGCGAGUGAAGAUGAGAAAUCUGAUGCUUCAGAUGAUGAUGAUGACGAUGAUGAUGACGAUGAUGAAGAUGAUGACGACGAUGAUGAUGAUGAUGGUAGUGAAGAGAGCACUGAAGAAGACACUGAUGAUGUAUCAGAAGAGUCUUCUGAAUCAUCUGAAGAAGGAAGUGAAGAAGAGGAUGAAGAGGAGGAGGAGGAGGAUGAGGAGGAGGAAAAGAUCAGAAAAGCAGAAAGUCAAGUUUUAUGUGGAGCAGCACCGGAUUUCCCACCAUUACCUUCUAAUGACCAAGAUGACAUGCUGAGAAAUACAGCUGUUGUGGAACAAUAUUCAGAUGGAAACGUCUUGAAGGAAUCUUUAAAAGAAGGAUUCUGGGAAACUGAACCCAAAGUGUCAAAUAAUUCAAAACCAGAAUUAUCUGUGUGUCUUAAACUUCCAUCAUCUCCAGUCAAAGAAGAAACAAAACAAAAUUUACUUGUUAAUGAAUUAGAAAUGAAUGAAUGUCAAAACGUUAUUACAAAUGACUUGGUAAAGGACCAGAUAGAAACAAAAAAUAUUGAAAAAUCUGAAAUUUGUGUUGAUAAUGAAAACAAAGUGGAUGAACAGAUUUCAUUAGUAGAUUCAGAGCAUUGUGUGAUAACACCAAAAGUGUUGGCUAGUGGUGCAGAAUUAGCUGAUGUUACGUCAGACAAAAUAGAUGGUGUGAAUUUAAAUACUUUUGCAAAGAAACCGUGUAAAGUUUGGGAUGAAACAGACGAAGAUAGAAAUUCCACUAUGACAAAUGAACAGGAUGUACCAGUUGCUGAUAUCUCAUCAGAAAUGACUACUGCGGUCGAUGAAGAUGUGUGUAAAGCAGAUCGGUCAAAAGCAUAUGUUGUUCCUGCAAUUGCUGAACACGAUUAUGUUGCUGCUGGGCCACAAGGAGUUUCACCAUCAUUGAACUUAAAAUUAGAUGAAGAUACCAGUCAUAGUGUUGAUGACUCAGAUGAUUCAGACCGUACUGAAUCAUGUGACGAGGAUAAUCCACCUGUGGAGAUAUUUAUUGAUCACAAUUACUGCUUACCUCAUGCAAUUGGAAGUAUUCACGAUGAAAGUAAAUCAUUGGAAACGGGCAACUCAGCUUUAUCUGAGACAGCUUUUAAAGACUAUAAAUUAACGGAUGAGUCUGCAUCAGAAGUACAGAUGCGACCAUCAUGGGCAGUUGGUGACCAUUUUGCUGCUGCAUCAGCAGUUGGCGUCACCAUGCCAAAAAGUCAGAUGGCAAUAGAUGAUGAUAGAUUAAAACCCAAAAAGAAAAAGAAACGCACCAAGGAUUCAAUGUUGAGUGAUAUCACAAAUAAAUCGGUAAACGAAAGAGAAGGUGAUAUUAUGGACACAGUAAUUAAACCAAAAGUUCAAUUCCAGCCUCGGACCUAUCAGGAAGAAAAACAAAUCUUCUUUGACAUAUAUAAUAAAGGAAUUGACUUAGAAGACAUAAUCUUUCUCCAGCGAACAUACGAUACUUUAUUGCAGUCGGAAGAUCCGAUGUAUGAUUGGUUGAAUGAUAUAUUUUGGGUGGAUCACACACACACAGACAUCCCUGACCCACCACCACCAAAAAAGAAACGGAAAACAGAUGAACAGAUAAGACCGGUGCAUAAGUCUGGAUCAGCUCGAACAGAAGGCUUUUACAAGAUCAGUAACAGAGAAAAGGCUGGAUACCUUUGUCAUGCAAACAAUAUGACGAAAACAGCUGAGCCUGGACAACAAAAUGAAAAGAAGUUGUCAAUGACCUCAAGAGAAGCCAGGCACAAUAUCAGACGUUUCCAAACGAACUUUGGUGAUUUAGAGUUGGGUGAACUAUUUAAAUUUAAUCAAUUGAAGUUUCGAAAAAAGCAAUUAAGGUUUGCUAAAAGCUCAAUCCAUGAUUGGGGCUUAUUUGCCCUGGAACCCAUUGCCGCUGAAGAAAUGGUUAUUGAAUAUGUUGGACAAGUAAUCCGACAUUUUGUUGCUGAUGAACGUGAGAAACAAUAUGGUGCACAGGGUAUUGGCAGUAGCUAUUUAUUCCGAGUUGAUAACGAAACAAUCAUUGAUGCAACAAAAGCAGGCAACCUGGCACGUUUCAUCAACCACAGCUGUAAUCCAAACUGCUAUGCAAAAAUCAUCACAGUUGAAUCUCAUAAGAAAAUUGUUAUUUACUCCAAGAGAGAUAUUGAUGUUAAUGAAGAAAUAACAUAUGAUUAUAAAUUCCCACUAGAAGAAGAAAAAAUCAGUUGCCUGUGUGGUGCCCCAUAUUGUAAAGGUACACUGAACUGAUCACAACCUCUCCUAUGGAUGAGAUGAAAAUGUAUAUCAGUAAGCUUCCAUCAUUGAUAAAUUGCUGUAAAAUUUGUGAAACAUCAUUGUUGCCUUUGAGAAAAGAGGAAAGAAAAAAAAAAGCACAGUUUUUGUUUUCAUUGUUAUUAGAAAGGUCAUAUAAGAAAGAUGUUAAUGAUUCAUACUAAGAUAGCCAUAAUCUAUAAGAUGAUAAUAAGGAGUCAUCUUAGCAAGCAUUAAAUCUUGUAGAAAUGACUUUGUAUGGUAAAUUAUUAUAAUUAUUGAGUAUCUUUUUUGAGAAGGUAUUUUCUUUUUAUUAAUGAUGUUGAACACUGCUUAAUACCUUAUAUUGGUUAAUAAUUACUAUUGAAAUUAUUGGAAAAUAUAUGGAUAGCCUGAUUUUGAUUUAUAGAUCUUAAGAUCUUAUCAGUUGGUAUUCACAUAGAAUAUUUAUUUUCCAUAAAAAUGAUAUCAGGGAAAACUUCUUGUAAACUGUGUCUUCUAAUAAUAAAGGUGAUGAUGAUAAUAUAAUUCCAUGUAGGAAUAGUGCUUUGAUGCUCAUUGGCAAAAGUAGUGUCAAAGACACAGCCUCCUCAAUUCUAAAUGGGCAAACAUUAACCAGCUACCUUGGUAGUAUAUUAUAAUUAAUGACUGCUCUCUCUCUCUCUCUCUCUCAGAAAUAUUGCCAAGAUUUGUAUAAACACUGUAUCAAAAUGACCUCUUAAAUCCUUUCUAUGACUGACCUUUAAAGCUGUUGUCCUAUUACCUGUGGUUAAAAAAGAUGGUCGUCUCAAAUAUUUGGAUCUCUCAUGUAAGACAGCUUAAACAAAUAAUGAGUUUGUUGGCUCAUUCUGAAACUUCUUCCAUUUCUCGUCCAUCUGGUCUAAAAUGCAGUCUAGAUAAGGUUUUCGUAUUUAUAAAUACAUUGAAAAAAUGUUCAUACGAAAUCAUCUGUAUCAAAUCUAACAUUUAGCUCAUCCGUUACACUGCUACAGCCAUUAACUGCAAUAUGUUUUGUAUAUCAUAUUGCUUUUAGAAGAUCAGAAAAAUAUGUAAUCCAGGGUUCUGUUUUAAGUGUGUUCUCUAAAUUAAAUUAGCAAUUCUUUUCCCACUUAAUUUUUUUUUUUUUUUUUAUGUCAGAUCAUUGCCCUAACAUUUGUUAUUGCACAUGUACAAAAUUCCAUUGCUGGAGAAUUCAAUUCAUUUUUAGAUUUACAUACAAAGAAGUCUAGAAAAACAAAGUCAAAGAUAUAAAAAUACAUGUAUUAUAUUCAUGAUCUCUUUUAGUGAUUGUUUUUAGUUGAAAUUAAAAUAGAAUGUCUUCUAUAUGGUUUGGAAAACUUUAGCAGUUAUAUGCAAUUUUCUUUAACAAAAAAAAAACAACAAAAAACUAUUAAAAAAAAAACCAAGUGGUUAUUUACAUCUAAAUAAAAGAUAGCAAUUAAAGAUGGAUCAGGAAAUUCGAUACUAAACAUGUCUGAGUGUUCCUAGAAAGAAUUAAUGAUAAUCUGCUUUCCAAAGUCUCAUAAAUUGGGAGAUAUUUUCAAUAUUCAGAUGUGUUUGAACUUUACAAAGCAUAUUCGUUAAAUUAAAAUAUUAUAAAACCGCAAUACAGGAUUGGAAUGUGCUUCUGAACAAAACACAUUAAACUGGAACAUAAUUUGAGUGCUCUACAAAAGAAAAAUGCUUGGAGGUGCCCACUGCAUCUAUAAAAACUUGUAUCCAACAGUUUUGAAAAUGCAAACUUUUCUAACAGAGAAUUA